AUGGCACAGAAGCUCGACUUGGGUCACUCCACUCUGCGAAUCCGAGAUUCAAAGUUGCAGCUUCACCUGGCCGCAUCGGCUCAUUUCACCCAACCACCAAGCCACGGAACCCUUCAAAUACCAAUUGACCUCUCGGAAUUGUCAAAUUUUGAAAGUUUGUGGAUAACAGAGUCACCAGAGUUGGAGCUGCGCUUCUUCGUCGGGGGAAAUUGGGACGGAAAUAAAAUAAGGGUAUUCGUCUCGAGGCUGGGCAGCAAACUCUGUGAUAUGGAGAUCUGGUCGGAUAUGGGAUUCUCAGUUGAGCUCAAGACGGGUGCACGUUAUUGCAUUGAUACAUCUGGUUUCCACUGCCUCGAAUUUGGUCUGCGCAGAGAGUGUCGUGUACGGAACCACACAACGGGCCGGACUUUGCCUAGUUCAAUGACCAAUCCCCCAGAUGCGUGCCCUCACCCCGGCUUACCGGUAGCUACCUUGGCUUCAAUUGACGUUCGGCUGGAGUAUCGUUUUCACGCCAAGGACAUAUCACAAUCCCAGGACUAUUCCAACAUCGGGAUUGGUCUUCUUGGACAAGAACCAUCCGUUGGUACCAGUUCUCAAGGGCUAGAUAGGAUAACAGAAGCUGCAAUGCAACAUUCAACGCAUGACGAGGAUUCCUCUAGAGCUCUUGGACCACAGACUGCUUGCAUAUCUGGAGAUGGAUCAGAUCCAUCAUGGGAGGAACUCUUUCAACUGCUCGACCUUGGAAUUCGAAGACUGGUGAUUUCCAACUCGAUCAAAGAUCGCGCGAUUCGUGUCUCACAACAGGACACGAUCAAGAGCCUCGCAGAUAUCUCCCCCGCCGUGUUCAAUCCUGCAUACCGUGAUGCGAUCAACCAACGAGGAGUGACAAUUCCAAUAAUCACGAAAGCCAUAUUGUCUAUGCUAGCAGGAAACAAGGAUCAAUCCACCAAAGCUAAAUUAGCGGAUUUGUUAGAGCUCAAUCACUCCCACAGCAUGAAUGAUUUAACAAUGAAGCCUCAACUUUCAAGUUGCAGAACUGCAAUCCUCUCAUCACUUUGGCGUGUCGCCCAGAAAAAUGUUCCCAAUUUGAAACCAAUCAAAUGGCGAGCUUCGAUGUUCUCUACGGAGAGUUUAUCAAACGGAGUGACUAGGCUAGACGAGCCGGUGCGUCUCAUGUCUACAGUUCAGCAACAACCCGACAACGGAAAUCCGGGACAGCCUCGUUCUUUUCAAACACAAUAUCACGACGAGAAUGAAUGUGACGUUUAUCUGUUGAAUGGUGAACCCGAGGACCAGCUUUUGGACAAUUUCAGCGAGACAAGCUUCACAGACCUCGGGGAUUCCACUCAGACAUCCCUUGACACGUUAUUCUCAAUAAUUGGGUCUUCUCAGACUUCAUACCAUGAUCAUGAUACUAUGCUUCUCUCAGAUAAUGACGAAUUAGCCGAUUAUCUGGGAAACUAUUUGACAGAUUACGAUCCUCGAGAAGCUAUGGAGACAUACGACACGGACAUUAUAAUGACUGAUGAUCUUUAG